AUGGUGAAGGCCACCAGCGUAAAAGACGUGGACCAGCAUGAAGCUGUGAAGCAAAUCGCUCACUUCCUCAAAAAGAGUGGCAAGGUGAAGGUUCCCGAGUGGUCAGAUAUUGUCAAACUUGGAUCCAAUCGCCAACUCGCACCUGUUGAUCCCGACUGGUAUUACAUUCGCACUGCUAGCAUUGCCAGACGCUUGUACAUUCGAUCUCCCGCUGGAGUCGGCGCUCUGCGCACAGUUUUUGGCGGAAAGAAGGGACGUGGUUCGCGACCCAACCAUUUCAAGAAGGGAUCGGGCUCCGUUGUGCGCAAGGCCUUGCAGACCCUCGAAGCCAUCAAAUGGGUGGAAAAGCAUGCAGAUGGAAAAGGACGAGUCUUGUCGAAGCAGGGAAGGAAGGACUUGGAUCGAAUCGCAACCGAGCUUCGUCAGCACGCUAAACCAGUUGAGCUCUAA